AUGUCUGACACUGACGAGGUCGACGAAGUGAUCCGAGACGCGAGAAGAGCGCUAGAUCAGAUGCCACAGGAUCACCAUGACAGGGCUGCCUACCUAGAUGAGCUCGGAGUCGCACUCGGAGACCGAUUCUCGAUAACGGGAAACGCAGUCGAUCUCGAAGAAGCCAUCCAACUUAGCAGGGAAGCUGUCAAAAUGACACCAGUGGACUCACCAGACAGGGCCGGGCGCUUGAGUAACUACGGAAUCAGACUCGCGGAGAGAUAUUCCGUGAGGGAAGAAAUUACUGACCUCAAAGACGCUAUCCAUAUUAUGCGACAAGUCUUAGAGGUGACCCCAAGCGAUGAUCCUGAUAGAGCCAUGUACAUGAACAAUCUCGGUACUGCGCUCGCCGACCAAUAUGCUCAGACCAGCAGAAUGGCUGAUCUCGACGAGUCUAUCGAAAUCACGCAGAAAGCCAUUGAUGCAGCUGUAGACGACUACUCGGACCGGCCUAUGUAUCUGAAUAGUCUUGCGCUUCGUCUUGGGGAUAGAUAUGCGAGAAUAGGGGAGGAAGCCGACCUUGAAAAUGCCCUCGGUGUCAUACGAGAUGCCAUCAAUUUAACACCAGACGACUCCCCAGAUCGGGUCCUAUAUUUGAAUACUCUAGUUAUUCAACUAGGGCGCCAAUACUCAAGAACAGGAGCAAUGGCUGAUCUCAAAGAGUCCAUCCGAGUCGCGCAGAACGCGGUCGAUAAAACGCCACUCCAUGACCCAGACCGGCCAAUGUAUUUAAACAAUCUAGGACUGGCACUUGGGGACCUAUACUCCGUAACCAACGCAGAUUCAGAUAUUGACAAUGCCAUUUUAGCCUUGAGGCUAGCCUUUGACCUAACCCCGGAAGACUCGACAAGCCGGGCGAUUUACAUGCACAACCUUGGCAAUCAAGUUGGACGCAAGUACUCGAAAACAGGAGCAACAACUGAUCUCGAGGAAUGUCUCCGACUUAUCCGAAAGGCGAUCCAAUCGGUAACGACGGACCACCCAGACCGAGCCAGUUGGCUAAACAACCUUGGCGUUCGUCUCAGUGAGGGUUACUUGAGGGCAGACACCACAGCAGACCUUGGAGAAGCCAUUCGAGUUACCCAGGAAGCAAUCAACACAACACAAACAAUAACAGACAAGGUGACAUACCUAUGUAACUUGGGGAAUCGACUUGGGGAAAGAUAUUCGAGGACAGGAUCCACCGCGGACAUUGAUAACGCCAUUGAAGCCAUACAGCAGGCGAUCAGCAUGUCACCGGCCAAUUCCGUCACGCAAGCUAUGUGCUUGCUCAGCCUUGGAAACCGAUUUGGGGACAGAUAUGACGUGGAAGGGAUAAUAAGUUAUCUGGAUGAAUCUAUCCGCAUUCUGCAACAAGCAGUUGAUAUGAUGCCAGAGAACCACUUAGGCAAGGCUGCAUUCUUAAAUAACCUCGGGGUCCGACUAGCAGCCAGAUAUACCUCGGUCAACGCGAUAGUCGACCUUGAAAGCACCAUCCAGAUGACAAGGCGAGCGGUUGAGAUGACACCGCAGAGCAGCCUAAAUAGGGCGCUGUUUUUGCAUAAUCUUGGAGCCGCCCUUGGCGAUAUGUACACCCGGAUGAACAAAACGGCUGACCUCGAGGAAGCUAUCCAAGUCGCACGGGAAGCAGCCGGCAUGGCUCCAGGUGGUCACCCUAACAGGGCAAUGUAUCUGAACGGCCUUGCAAUUCGACUAGGCGACAGAUACUCUAGGGGGGGCACGGGCUCGAUGUCAGAUCUCAGCAAUAUUAUCGAAGCGGCCAGUGGAGCAGUUAGUGCAAUACCAAGUGUUCACACAAAAAGACCUGUAUAUCUGAAUAACCUGGGGAUUUGGCUCUUGGAAAGAUACACAAGAGAGAAAGCAAAGACCGAUCUUGACGAGGCUAUCCGAGUUUUGCAAGAAGCGGUCAACACGACGCCAGAGAGUCACCCCGAUAGGGCCAGGUUUCUCAUCAAUCUCGGCACCGGCCUCGACCACAGGUACGCGAUAACAGGCGAAUCGGCGGACCACGAAGGGGCCCUCUCUCAGUUCCAAUCAGCCCUCCGCGAGCCGAACUAUCUCCCCAUCGAUCGCAUAGCAGGUGGUAUAGCAGUUCUUCAGAUCUGUGCCACCACUUCGGACUGGCAACAAGUAUGCGACGCUUUAGAAGUUGCCGUCAGUCUCUUGCCAAAAUUGACUGCGCGAUCUCUCGAAAACCCCGACAAACAGCAUCUGCUCGGCCAGGUCGUCGGCCUAGCUUCCAAUGCCGCAGCGGCGGCUUUGAAUGCUGGUAGAGGCCCAACUGUUGCGCUGAAAUUCCUCGAGCAGGGUCGGGGAGUGCUUGCGACGGCGCUCGAGGAGAUGCGGACGGAUGUCAUAGAGCUACAACAUAGUUGCCCCGAACUUGCAAAGCGAUUUGUCGACCUUCGAGACGAGCUAGACCCUCCGGUCGCGCGUAACACCUUUCACUCGGACGAACACGGCGGUUCCAGUCAGCAGGCUCGAGCGACUCGGCGCUACGACGCGGGCAACAAACUCGACGAGCUGAUUACCGAGAUUCAAAGACAGCCCGGGUUUGAGGACUUCUUGGCUGCCCCGAGCGAAGCAGAAUUGAAGGCUGCUGCGAGGUGCGGUCCCAUCGUCGUCAUUAAUACCAGCGAGUACCGCUGCGAUGCGAUACUCGUGGAGCAGCACCAGAUACGGUCCGUGCAGUUGCCCAAGGAUAUGGAGAAAACAGCGCGGGACUGUGACCCUGGGAAGGCCGAAACCCUGGAAUGGCUUUGGGACGCGGUCGCCCAUCCGAUCCUGGACGCCUUGGGCUUCACUCACCGUCACGACCCGUCGCUCGGGAAAUGGCCGCGCAUAUGGUGGGUUGCUACGGGCAUCAUGACCAAGUUCCCGCUUCAUGCCGCCGGGCGCCACAACGAUGCGUCCGCCGAAUCUGCCAGCGUGCUGGAUAGGGUCAUGUCGUCAUACAGCUCAUCUAUCAAGACAAUCAUACAGAGCCGACGGCGUCGUCGUGGAGAAGCUGCAUCGCCAGCCCCGUCCCGGGCGCUUCUCGUCGCUAUGGAGCAUACGCCAGAACAGACCAGUCUUCCUUUCGCAGCCAGAGAGAUAGAGAUGAUCCGUGACUUGGUCAAAACGAUGCAUCUGGAACCUAUUGAGCCAGGACAGCACAAACAUGACAUCAUAACACACUUGCCGCAAUGCAAGGUAUUUCAUUUCGCUGGUCAUGGCCAUACAGAUGGUCACGAUCCAAUGAGAAGCCGUCUGCUUCUAGAAGAUGGAAAGGAAAACCCACUUACAGUAGCUAACCUCCUAGAGAUGAACCUCCGUAAGCACUUGCCUUUUCUUGCUUACCUCUCUGCGUGUGGAACCGGCCGGAUCAAGGACAAGAGAUUCGUCGACGAGAGCAUCCAUCUGAUCAGCGCCUGCCAGUUGGCAGGCUUUCGGCAUGUCGUUGGUACCCUAUGGGAGGUUAAUGAUGAACUAUGUGUAGACAUGGCGAGGAUCACGUAUGAAGGUAUAAGGGAUGGAUUCAUGACAGAUGAAUCGGUAUGUCAGGGGCUGCACAACGCAACUCGACAACUCCGAGAUCGUUGGCUCAACAUGCCGAUAAAAUCGGGAUUUCCUUUCGCAGAAGACGAGACAUGCAGCGGGAGUGCAAGUAACGGAGAUCGAAGGCACGACAGAUUGCCGAGAGAUAUUAUUGCGUGUGAUGACGACGAGACCAGGCCAUUACAUUGGGUCCCUUAUGUUCAUUUUGGCGUGUGA